AUGAGCAACCAGGAAUCUGCCCCAGCACCCUUAGCUGCUGAUCACAGCACUCCUGUACCCAACCAGUCUGGAGUCGUAGAUGGGAUGAUCAGCACCAGUCGUGUUGAUGAAGACGGUAGAGCGCAGCGUCGAACCGGUGGUCCUGGGGGCUCAGCUCAGACGAUACCAAGUCGCCGUCGAGCGGUUUCACGUAAGUCGUCACCUAUAGAUCGUGCUCGCGAGACACUUGGAGAAGAGACUGUCCCUCAACUACAACAAACUUUCCGAUCGUUGGAUUCUACAUGGGGAGGGUCCGAGCACGACCAGGCUGAAGGUAUGGUUCUUAGUUUAGUUCGGCAAGGUGUUGCAGACGCACAAAUACGCGCCAUUUUCGGAGUUGGAGGCUCAAUGAUACAGAGAUUAAAAGGAGUGAUUAAAAACGGCAUUGAUACGCUGCACACACGUCGCCGCGGUACUACUCCAAAACUUGCAUUCAGUGAAGACGACAAGACUUUUGUGACGCGUGUGUUCGACUAG